AGCUGCUCAAUUGAUGGGCGUCCUGAGCGGAAAGCGGCUACGUUUACGUGUUUUAAUCCAACUAAACAAAGGAGUAGUUUGCGGAGCCUCUUGCUUAAAUAUUUUUUCUCCCAUCCACCGAGUUUUUUUUUUUAAGGCUUGGACGAUAUCUGACAUUUAAUCAUGAAGAUGCGCUAGGAUUCUACCUCUUUUUUUUUUUUUUUUACGCUCGACUAAAUUGUCAUCUGGAGGAGCACGCAAGCUACUUUUCCGGAAAUGUCUGCCAUGCACCUGCCGAGGAUUAUCGGACUCCUCGUCCGUCUUUACCGUGGAUUCCAAAUGGAGGAAUAUUGGCUUUGACAUGCCUCGUUGUCGUGGUGCAUGUGUGAAGUGCUUAGCUCGGAGCCCGGCGUGAUGACAGCCGAGCGCCCCUCCUCUCCCGGGACUUGAAUAAAAAGGCGCUCCCACACUCAGCCUCACUUUUUCACAAGAUGGAGCUGUGACAUGUUGACGUCUCUCCACCUGCUUACCUCCAACGCCGAGCGUGGGACGUCAAAGUGCCCGACGCGGAUGAUCCCUACUGAGGGGAGGAUUUGUGUAGAUAAUCGCCAGACUGCUAUUUUGUGUCCUCUUAAGUGAAUUUUUGGCGACAUGAACGCCUCGUGUCACCCCGAAGCGGCGUCACUUCUCCACGCUGUUGUUCCCACCGUGCGAGUAGAGGUGGUCCACGGAGUGUAAGGUAACACUCCUCCCCCCCACCAGCCGCUCCACGCAGUCCCGGAUACGUUCUGACUCUCACUCGGGCCGCCAACGGAGGAUGUUGGAGUCAGGAUGCUGCGCUUCCCCGUGAAGAAGAUCCGGAAGCAGUUCAAGCUGCUGCUGCUUCUGGUGCUGCUCACCUCCGCCGUGUGGUUCACUUACCUGCACAUUCACCAGGGGAAGACCAUCAAACUCCACUUUAACUACGGGAAAGAUGGAGAAAGACAGACGGAGGGAACAGACACCGGUCGCAAGAGGGACACUCGCUCCUCAGCUAGUCACCACAAGAAUGAGGACACCAGCGACAGCAGGGAAGACGAGGCGGCGGAUGACGAGCCACUCGCAGGAGUCCCCAACAGCAGAGACCACGCCCACAUCCGCAAGUUUCUUACUGAGCACCAUAAGACAUCGCCAUGGAAACCAGAGUAUAAGGGCCAGGCCAACCUCCAUGUGUUUGAGGACUGGUGCGGCUCCUCUAUUGCCCAACUCCGAAAAAACCUUCACUUUCCCCUCUAUCCUCACACCAGAACGACAGUGAAGAAGCUGGCCGUUGCCCCGAAGUGGAAGAAUUAUGGCCUGAGAAUCUUUGGAUUCCUUCACCCUUACAGAGACGGGGAUUUCCAGUUCUCGGUAUCAUCUGAUGAUAAUUCAGAGUUCUGGCUGAGUCCUGAUGAGAGCCCCCUCAACGCCCGGCUGCUGGUAUUUGUGGGACAGCUGGGUACAGAGUGGACCGCUCCAGGCGAGUUCAGCAAGUUCAGGUCUCAGUCCUCCAAGUCUGUGCAUCUGAUGUCAUCCAGAAGAUACUACUUUGAGAUUCUGCACAAGCAGGAUGACAAGGGUUCGGAUCAUGUGGAAGUUGGGUGGCGUCCAUUCCUCCCUGGUCUGAAGUAUGAAGUGAUAGACUCUGCCUACAUUUCACGUUAUGCAGAUGAGUCCAGUUUCAAGAUGAACAGUAUAGGUCACAUCCCUCAAACCUUUGCCAGUCACCUCCGUCUCCCAGAGGAGUCGCUACCCUGGAAGGUGGAAGGGGGUGGCAUACUGCAGCACGGAGCAGACAUGCUGAAGCCAGACCCCAGGGACACCUUUUACAGCAUUCCUAUGAUCGACCCCUCCCGCCUGGAAAAUGUCCUGCCCGCCUGUCUUUACUCUCCCACCUAUGUUGUCAAAGAUUUCCCCAUCGCCAGAUACCAGGGCUUACAGUUUGUGUAUCUGUCUUUCGUCUACCCAAAUGACUUCACACGGCUCACACACAUGGAGCGAGAGAACAAAUGUUUCUACAGAGAGUCCCCAAUCUACUUGGAGAAGUUCGGUUUCUACAAAUAUAUGAAGAUGGAUGAGGAGGAAGAUGACAGGCCAUUCUUCUUUCCCAACCCCGAUGAUUUCCUUGAGGAGGAGGAGAGGGUGGAUGUGGAGGACGAGGCAGAGAUUGUUGGCACGCCGACCCCCAAGAAGCCACCUCAUUAUAGUCAGACGAGCCGCACCUCUAAACCCUUCCAUCAGCAACCUCAACCUGGGCCUACAUUUGCGGGCAAAGAAGGAGAGAAUGAGGAAGAGGAGGGAGGAAUAGACAGAGAGAGGAUACACUUUCCUUACAGAGAUGAGGAGAGUGAAAGUGACAGACGCAGGAAAAGAGCUCAAAUAAGGACUAACAGAAGUCAUGAUGACACCAGAGAGGGACCAGAACUCCAGCCGAGGAUGCAUCACCCUGACACUGAUAGAGUUAUCCCAGGUCGCUCCCUAACCUGGAUCCCUAACAGCCCGGCACAGCUCAGCCCCAACAGCAAAAGUGGUGGAGAUAAAGAAGUUGAGACUCCACCUAAACUGUCCAAAUCUUCACUUCUUUUCCCUAAAAAGUCCUCCAUCCCUGCCCUUACGAGUCGUGCCAAACAGAUCCUGACCAACUCCGCCCGCAGCAACAAUGUCCAGGACAAUAACAACAACCUCGUUGGAAAGAAGAAGGAGGAGAACAAGAUCUACAUCACCAGGCCUCGGCCCAACAGGGAGCGAGAGAAGGAGAGAGAGCAGCGUCGAGAGAGGAGGGAGGAGAGGGCAUCUCGUCAUCCUAGAGAAGUCUUUCCAGGAGUUUUUCUGUACCAAACAGGGAAAACCACCAGAUUGGUCAAGCUUGGAGGCCAAGGGAAUGUCGGGGGGGUGAAAACAGAUGGAAGAAGUCCAGGAAAUUCCCCUCAACUGUGGCCCAAUCCCCCUAUAAAAGAUGGAAAGGUAUCUCAUCACAAUGGAAGCAUUAAUCAUCAAAAUGAAAGCAUUCUAAGGUCUGCUGCAAAACAGUUCAAUGAAAGCCACAGAAAAGCAGGCAAUCGCCAUUUAAAGAUCACUUCUAGUCCUCCCAGUAAAGGUGAGCCAAGAACCCCACUGUCUCAUCACCAAGACUCGGCCAAGACCUCACCUCACUGGCUGAACUCCUCUGAAAACCUGCACGGUGAAGUGCGGGUGACGUCUUACCUCAGGACCACCGAGAUCACAGAGUCGCAGCUGGACGCCAACCUGGCAGAGCUGGAGCACGACACAAACCGCUCUAAUCCCGACCCGGAGCCGGAGGAGGGCGAGAUGUCAGAUUACAGUUACGAGGAAGUGGAGGCGCGGCCAGGCUGGGCCGAGGAGAGCAUCAACUGGCAAAGGACCUUCUCGGUGAAUCCCAUGGACUUUGAGCUUCUGCGCUCAGACUGGAACGACCUGCGCUGCAAUGUGUCUGGUAACCUGCAGCUGGCGGAGAGCGAGGUGGUGGACGUGCUGGCACAGUACAUGGAGAAGCUCAACGAACGCAAUGGAGGGAUUUAUACGUUGUUGCGAAUCAUCAACGUCGAGAAGCGGCGUGAUUCUGCCAGAGGCAACCGCUAUCUGGUGGAACUGGAGCUGAUGGAGAGAGGCCGCAGUGUAGUGCGUUUGUCUGAAUACGUUUACCUGCUGCUCCACCGGGGGAGGCAGGUAGACGAAAGCCUGGAGAACUCUGAGACUGCUGCGGCCUCCGCGCCGGCCUCCGAACCUGUUCCUGCUACGUCCAACCUUAGCUCCUCGUCUCACCCGCCCUCGACCAGACCUCCCUCGCGGCCCGCAGCCACGCCCUGGAGCACAGCCUAUGCUAAACCUCUGCUCUGCCAGCCAGUCAUGCUGCAGUGGAGAAAAGACGUGAUGGUGCACUUUGUGGUACCAGUGAAGAACCAAGCUCGCUGGAUCCAGCAGUUCAUUUCGGACAUGGAGAAUCUCCACCAUCAGACCAAGGAUGACAAUUUCAGCAUCAUCAUUGUUGACUUCGACAGCAAUGACAUGGAUGUGGAACAGGCGCUUAGAGACAGCAGUGUGCCAAGAUAUGAGUAUCUUAGGAGAGAAGGGAACUUUGAGCGCUCAGCAGGCCUGCAGAUUGGAGUAGACACCAUUGAGGAUAGCCACAGUAUCGUGUUCCUUUGUGACCUCCACAUCCAUUUCCCCCCCAACAUUUUGGAGAGCAUCAGGAAGCACUGUGUUGAAGGACGCCUCGCUUUCGCUCCCAUCGUCAUGAGACUUGGCUGCGGCAGUUCACCGCUGGAGCCUGACGGUUACUGGGAGGUGAAUGGAUUCGGGCUGUUUGGAAUUUACAAAUCUGAUUUUGAUAAAAUUGGAGGGAUGAACACAGAAGAAUUCAAAGACCGCUGGGGUGGAGAAGACUGGGAGCUUCUGGACAGGGUGUUGCAAAAUGGUCUGGAAGUGGAGCGACUACGCCUGCGAAACUUCUUCCACUACUACCACUCCAAACGUGGCAUGUGGAAUGCCCAAAACAAGAAGGCUCCUAAGGGAUAGUGCUCACUCUAAAAUGUACCUGCACAUCUACUCUGUGUGUGUGUGUGUGUGUGUGUGUGUGUGUGUGUGUGUGUGUGUGUGUGUGUGUGUGUGUGUGUGUGUGUGUGUGUGUGUGUGUGUGUGUGUGUGUGUGUGUGUGUGUGUGUGUGUGAGAGAGAAGGAGCGGGGAGAGCUCGCUCACUGCCUAUUUUCAGGGAAGCCUCUGCUUCUCGUAAACUCGUCCGUUUGGGGUAAACAAAGUCCCAACGUGAACUUGGGAAGCGAGCUGUUUACACCGAAUCUCUGGGUCAAGCGGAGUACUUUCUUUCCCGCUGCCCUUUUACUAGUGCAAUCUUUUCAAAAUAUGUUUUGGUGUGUUUGAAUGUGCUCGUGUAUAUAUAUAUGUAUAUAAGUGUGCGUGCGGCUGUAGGCGAAGAUGAAAGAAAGCACCUUUUUUCUAACGAGGAGAUGCGCACCUCAGAGUUUUUUUGGUGGUGUGGUCGCACAAUGACAAUGUGUGUCAUGGCGCUAAACACCAUGAUGUAUGCUGAUCAAGACAUCAGAUAUAAGUCAGUAGAAUCUGUAAGGACUUCUGUUAAUGAUCCCUGCAUACAUAAGACUUCUUUGCUCUCACUCUUUUAGUCAUCCUCUCUUCGGCGGUUUUGUACACGUGGAGCUUUCUCUGAAGUGGAAAUGUUAUUGUAGCAAAACAAUUUGCAAAUGCGUGUCUCAAUUUGUGUAAUCAGAGCCAUGUGUGUGUGUGUGUUCUAAUGUGUGUGACUGUUUAGAUUGUGUGCGAAACACACAUCUGUGGUUCCUCUCCCUCAAAUCAAAUUUGAAUGGUGGGUGAUGCUGAUAGUCCAUACCAGACUGAGACUUUUUACUUAAAAAUGUCAUGAUCAUUAAAUAAUUAUAAAUAAUAACAAAAAAACAACAUUGUUUUAAAUUGAGACCAUCCAUCCAUUUUCUACCUCUUGUCCCUUUCUGGGUUGCGGGGGUUGCUGCAGCCUUUCUCGGCUGCAUUCGGGCGGAAGCCGGAGUACACCCUGGACAAGUCGCCACCUCAUAGCAGGCCCAACACAGAUAGACAGACAACAUGCAUUUCUACAAGUUACAAACCCCGUUUCCAUAUGAGUUGGGAAAUUGUGUUGGAUGUAAAUAUAAACGGAAUACAAUGAUUUGCAAAUAAUUUCAACCCAUAUUCAGUUGAAUAUGCUACAAAGACAACAUAUUUGAUGUUCAAACUGAUAAACAUUAUUUUUUUAGCAAAUAAUCAUUAACUUUAGAAUUUGAUGCCAGCAACGUGUGACAAAGAAGUUGGGAAAGGUGGCAAUAAAUACUGAUAAAGUUGAGGAAUGCUCAUCAAACACUUAUUUGGAACAUCCCACAGGUGAGCAGGCAAAUUGGGAACAGGUGGGUGACAUGAUUGGGUAUAAAAGUAGAUUCCAUGAAAUGCUCAGUCAUUCACAAACAAGGAUGGGGCGAGUCACCACUUUGUCAACAAAUGUGUGAGCAAAUUGUUGAACAGUUUAAGAAAAACCUUUCUCAACCAGCUAUUGCAAGGAAUUUAGGGAUUUCACCAUCUACGGUCCGUAAUAUCAUCAAAGGGUUCAGAGAAUCUGGAGAAAUCACUGCACGUAAGCAGCUAAGCCCGUGACCUUCGAUCCCUCAGGCUGUACUGCAUCAACAAGCGACAUCAGUGUGUAAAGGAUAUCACCACAUGGGCUCAGGAACACUUCAGAAACUCACUGUCAGUAACUACAAAUGGUCGCUACAUCUGUAAGUGCAAGUUAAAACUCUCCUAUGCAAGGCAAAAACCGUUUAUCAACAACACCCAGAAACGCCGUCGGCUUCGCUGGGCCUGAGCUCAUCUAAGAUGGACUGAUACAAAGUGGAAAAGUGUUCUGUGGUCUGACGAGUCCACAUUUCAAAUUGUUUUUGGAAACUGUGGACGUUGUGUCCUCUGGACCAAAGAGGGAAAGAACCAUCCAGAUUGUUAUAAAAAAUUAAAGUUGAAAAGCCAGCAUCUGUGAUGGUAUGGGGGUGUAAUAGUGCCCAAGACAUGGGUAACUUACACAUCUGUGAAGGCACCAUUAAUGCUGAAUGGUACAUACAGGUUUUGGAGCAACAUAUGUUGCCAUCCUAGCAACGUUACCAUGGACGCCCCUGCGUAUUUCAGCAAUGACAAGCCACGUGUUACAUCAACGUGGCUUCAUAGUAAAAGAGUGCGGGUACUAGACCGGCCUGCCUGUAGUCCAGACCUGUCUCCCAUUGAAAAUGUGUGGUGCAUUAUGAAGCCUAAAAUAGCACAUCGGAGACCCCCGGACUGUUGAACAACUUAAGAAAGGCCAUGUAACACAGUGGUGAACAUGCCCUUUCCCAACUACUUUGGCACGUGUUGCAGCCAUGAAAUUCUAAGUUAAUUAUUAUUUGCAAAAAAAAAAGUUUGAACAUCAAAUAUCUUGUCUUUGUAGUGCAUUCAAUUGAGUAUGGGUUGAAAAGGAUUUGCAAAUCAUUGUAUUCCGUUUAUAUUUACAUCUAACACAAUUUCCCAACUCAUAUAUAAACGGGGUUUGUAUAUAUUGUAUUCUAUCCAUAAUAACCUGACCAAUCACAUCAGUCACAUUUCCCAGUUAUACACUGCUGGAAAUGCAUCCCGGAACAAACCAGCCUAGAUUCACGUAUAAAGAGAGUAUGGGCACUUCGGGUUCCAGACAAUCUCCUAAACACACACACACACACACACACACACACACACACACACACACACACAUUAGGGCUGUCAAGUGAUUAUUUUUCAAUCAGAUUAAUCAAACUCUUGUACUAUUAUUUAUUAUGAUUAAUCACAGGUUAUUAUUUCCAUGUGCAUUGAUUACAUUUGCUUAAGAAAAUACCCCAAUAUUUGGAUACAAGUGCAAUUUUGUAGUCAGAAUGUCAUAGAGGAACAUUUUUCAAAUUAUUUACUGAACUGCAAGUCAUUGAUUUGCUCAAAACUUGGUGACACUUAGUAUAGUAGGAACUUAGUGCAUUUUGAAAAUAUUUGCAAUAAUAAAAUGAUCAUGUAGUAAACGCACUCAUAAACAACAUAGUGGACCAUUUAAAUCGGCAUUUACUUUUCUUUAGUUUAACCAUUUGUUUAAGCAAACAGUCUUAUUUACCUCUUCAGAUGACAAUGCUGAUCUCUUUUGGUUCAAAGCUCUUCGUGAGUACUUACAGAUGUCCAAUUUUCUCCAGUAAGCAAAAUAAAUUCACCAUCAGCCAGUAGUUGCAACUUGAUGCUGUUGUUUGUGUAGUACAGUUGGUUUAUCCUUCCUGUAACUGUGCCUCUCCAUGGUACGACAGAUCGGCUGUGGUGACAUGAAGGACAUCUUUCAGCACUAGGUCUUCGCGGAUGUUAAGUGGCCUACAUUCGGGGGCUGCACAUUUAACAAAGGCAUUGUUUAUCUUAUCUGUGCUACUUCUACUGACAACAUUGACGCAUGUAAACUCAGCCAGCGUAGCCUUAGUUUGGUGUCGAUGUGGUGGUGGUGGAGGGGGUUGAAUGUGACUUUAUUCCAUUUUUAUUAAUAGAAGAAAAGUUUCACAAACCAUAAACUUUGUUAUGAUGAUUCUUUACAUAACAUGUCUAUGCAUAUUUUGUUACUUUGUUUUAUAUCAGUGAUACAUUUAUUCAAUGAUCCUGACAUGUCAAGUAAAAAGUAUCAGUCUGGUAUCAACUAUCAGUAUCACCCACCACUCACAAAUCUUAACACAGACACACAAAUGAGAACAAGGGCAAACAGAUUGUUUUUACACACGCACAAAUCUAAAUACGGACACACAAAUAACAAGGACACAGAUUGACAUUUGCAAAUUGUUUCGCUCCAAUAUAUUUCUAUGCCUGCUGUUUUGGAACAGGAGUUUUUGCUCUUUACCAAUAACUGUUUCUUACUUUCUUUGUAUGGCUGCACUAACUGUUGUGUUUUGAUUACUAAAACACUCGUUUGUGAACAGUUUUACACCUCCUAGUAGACCCGCCUCCACAUUCCCUCCUAAGAGGGCUGAUGAAUUAUUUGGAGCAUAUUUGUGUUGCAAAUAUUGUAUAUACGGAAUUGCAAGAGGUUUAUUUAUCCGCAUAUUACAUGAAUUUUAAACAGAAGUGAGAGCAUUUCUCACGUGUGUGCCUUCAUCAGGGGUGGGCUGCAGAUGGUGUUAUAUUAUUGGGAAAACAAGCUUGUGGUUUUACAUUCAAAGCAAAGAAGAGCGGCAGGUUAACUUUGGAAGGUUUGGGAACUAAAAGGUGACUACUGAGCAGGACCAGACUGUCAUGGAGACUGCAGUUCAGCCAGGCCUCAGCUGACAUUUGACAGUCAUAAGGGACUAUUUGAAGAACACAGUGAACUAUAAACUAGACUAGAUAUAUAAAUAUAUAUUUAAGGAGUUUGAGAAUGAUGGUGAAUAGGAAUAUACAUUCCAAGGUAAUUUCUGUGAAAUUGUUUUUGUAGAGAAAAGUUUAUAAGAAUGUACUUUCAUUUCUUUGUUUUUUGCAUAUAAAAGUUGAUGCUUAAGCCCAGAUACAUUUCUGUGUUUUAUUUAUUUAUUGUCUAUCGUUCUAUUGAAGGGUGUCCAAAGGGCGGUCCAAAUGUUGUUGGCCCGCAGCAUAUUGU